CAAUGAUCUUAUAUAAUUUUCGUUGCACACUAACUGCAUCCGCGUGACGCGAGUGCUCGCGUGACGUUCAAAAAACGAAAUAUUUUUAUAAGAAUUUGUUUAAAUCGUUUCAGCAGUGUGUGCGUGCGUUGAAAAACGAGUGACUCCCGCCUUUAUUGCCGGUUAGCCCUCUCUCGACCGAUACUUUAACCCCUCAUUCGCGAUCGUUUUCCCCCAUAUCGGGUUCUCGCUUUUGUAAUAAGCUUUCAAGACUGUCGAAGUUGGCGAAAGCUCUCCUGCAGAAGCGCGUCCCGCAACAAAGUAACGCACACAGCUAAACGACGCUGACUGCUCGCUCACAUACACACGCACGCACCACUUACGCACGUAAACAGAUAUACACGGAGCAGGCAGGCAGGCAGGCAUUCUCACUCACUCCGUCUUUUCAACCGCGUCCCUCUUGCUCUACAGCACACAGCUCGGGAAAAGUAUCGUAAACAUUCGUGUGCUCGAUGUACAGCUACGGCGAACAAUUCGGGGAUUACUCGCAAGAUUACGCGGCUUACGAUAACACACUGAGUUGGAGCAUUCAGCCGCAAGAGUAUCAGCAAAUACCGUCAACAGAUCUCACGGCUCAGGGAGGCCUACCGACCAAUCAAAAUUCCAACCCAGGCGCAGGACGUGAUUUUGCUAGAUUCUGCAAAAUGACGGAUCAGCACGAGCAGCAACAUCCUCAAAUGAGGGAUGAUUCGAGAACCAAUCUCAUCAUCAAUUAUUUGCCCCAGAGCAUGACUGAGAAAGAACUCUACAGUAUGUUCGUUACUAUCGGACCUGUAGAGUCCUGCAGGGUCAUGAAAGACUACAAAACUGGCUAUAGUUACGGAUUUGGCUUUGUGAACUAUGCCAAAGCCGACGAUGCGGCUACAGCCAUAAACACCCUGAACGGUCUUCAAGUACAGAACAAGCGAUUAAAAGUGUCGUUCGCACGUCCUUCUGGGGAGGAAAUCAAAGAAACUAAUCUCUACGUCACGAAUCUCCCAAGGAACAUUACCGAGGCCCAGAUUGAGGACAUCUUCAAAAUGUACGGACGAAUAGUACAGAAGAAUAUUCUCAAAGAUAAACUCACCGGCUUACCCCGCGGCGUGGCUUUCGUCAGAUUCGACAAGCGCGAAGAGGCUCAGGAGGCAAUAAAUCAUCUACACGGGACGAUACCCGAUGGUGGAUCGGAACCUCUUUGCGUGAAAAUUGCCGAAGAGCACGGUAAACAGAAGGCGGCGUACUACGCUGGCUGGCAAGCUGGAUACAAUCAGAGCCGUGGAGAGUGUCUCUAUGCGACGAGGAAAAAAAAUCUACAGUAUCAUAAUUAUCAUAACUAGGCUUGAAAACUUAACCGUUUGUAAUAAUAAUUGCUUACUCUCGACGAAUACUGUAACAUUGCCGGUAAAUAUUACAAUCUUUAUCUUAGAGAAGCUUAGAGAAAAAUAUCUAAGAAGAGAGAGAGAGAGAGAGAGAGAGAGAGAGAGGAAGAGGAAGAAAAAAAAUCACAAUCAAAUCGUGCUUGGUAUUUCGCAGUUUGUACACGAAAGUCGAUAUAUGAAAUAUUUAUUGGUACAUAUUGAACAAAUCAUUUGAUAGAGUUUCGGUUUCAAGACCGACCUAGCCGUCUUAAUCCCGGGUUCGCCGGUGCCGAAACUCCAUUGAAUAAUCUCAUCUUCAGUCUGCAAUAGUACCAACUCAUAUUGUACAAAAUUUCAAUCGAGAAUUCUCAGAUUUCCGGUAAUAACGAAUCGAGUAUAGGAAAUGAAGAAUCAUGAGAGAUACUGCUUCGAAAAAAGAGUCGCAUUCCUCAUUCCAUUGGAUAGCAAUGGGAUUUCUCGUCGUUAAAAGUAAAUUUCCUCCUAUAUCGAAUAGCUCGAAUUGCAAAAAGAACGUUCUCACUUGAAAUCACGAAGUUUAGGAACUAGAAAUUAUGGAGAAAGUAAAGAAAACCUUUAUCUGGCCUUUGAAAAUGCGAAAAACAACCUACCAACGUUUCGAGCUUGCGAGGAACGAGCUUCGACCCGCUGGCUCAAACGAUUUUUUCCUUCAAACUUUACACUUGCAUUUUUAUCUUCUCUACUACUCUUGUUGCUGUCCAUGUUUUACGCAGCACAAAUAGUCUCGCUAUACUUUUAAAUUUCUUCUGGUCGAAUGUGAAACUUGAAUGCUCCACAACAAACAACUGUAAACGAAAAAAACAAUUGUAACACCUUUAACGAAAAUCUUUAAUAAGAAAACAAUACAGAAAAGGGGGUUCUGCUGAUUGUGGUAUAUUGCAUUAAGAAAAAAAUAUAUUUGCACAAAGCAACGAAGAAAACGUCGAUUCAACGUUAACAUCUGUUGGGAAUAUUGUAUUGCGAGUGUGCUUGGGUUCGGUAUUUUCCUGAAUAGCAACUUUCGUGGUCAACGUUUGAAAAAAACUUCUUUCCUCCCCUGGCUCUUCAUAAUUAUGUUUUUUUCUCCGACGAAUACAUCUACAAAAUGCAUUUGAAUUCACUACGAAGUCUAAGUAUUUCUGUGCAGUAGGUGAAUAAAAACGAAACAACAUUUGAUUUUCAUUAUCUUGAAAUUGUGGAACGUGAUGAUUUUUAUUUUUUUAUCAAGUGUUGACCCAUUUCACGAAAUUGCAAUGCUCGAAUCCGUUGAACUGGAUGAAAGGCGACGAUCCAGAGUGUUGAAGUGUAAGAAAAGUGACGACGAUCGAUCAACGACGAGUGACAUUUGAAAAUUGUUUUCUUAUUAAAAAUCAUAAAUUAAUGAAUUUCUGUAAAUUCGUUGUUUAGCAGCCUUUUGGAGCGAAGGUAAACAUAAAAUGCGAUCUUAUGGACUUGGAAAAAAAAACAUUCCCGCAUAGAUCGAAGUGUCAAAUGGCGUGUGAGGCGUAGAGCGGAGGCUCUUGAUGGAUACGAAAAACAAACUAAAUAGUGCUACUAAUGGCUGUGAUAAGGAUAAGCGAAACCGUAAGAAUUACGAAAAAAAUGAAGCUAACGAAGAAAAAAUCGUGCAUAAGAAGCAACGGUUGGAAUAAAGCAACAAUGAAAUCUAUCAAACGAUUCGUCAGCCGGUGUGAUCAGAAUAAGAAAAAUAUCAUUGAAGUUCGCAACGUUCGAACUGCAAAACGUUUUUUUUUCUCGAUUUCCAAAAUCCAGCAGAUCGAAUUCACACGUGAAAAUGCCAACUUAAAAAGUCUUGUGGAUUUCCAUAGCAAGCGCACCAAAUUUUCUCCAAUUUAUCUUGGUCUGAAAUUCAGUAAAUAUGCGCGUCUCGGAGAGUUCUUUAAAAACCCUCAUUCGGCGAAGGCUCGAUAUUUCUGAGCGUGCAUGUAGAGGCGCGGCAGCGUUUUGACGUCAAUUAUGGAAAUGAUAAAGUUUAACGAGGCAAGUCAAGACAUGCAGCGUAUCUAUACUCGAGAUUUAUAUAUAAAUUCAUAUUAUUAAUUAUAUCGAAAGUUAUAUAGAACUACGAUCGACGAAAUCUUACGACGCUGAAGUUUGCAGCGUUGGAGUCCAACGAAGUGAUCUAAAAAAACUCCAACAAUUCCAGUAAUUUUCCAAUUCUGUUACCUGCCUAAUUUACAAUUCGUACUAUUUCAGUCUACACCAAUGAUUCGGGAAAUAAAGAAAUUGGUCAAUUACAAAUGUUAUUUUCGUUAAUUUCGUUCAACUCCAACGUUGCAAACUUGAGGAAAAUAUAUUCUGCGUAUAUAAUUCUCUGACUGCGUCAUACUCCGAGCAAGUCAAUAUUCAUUAUUUAAAAACCAUUUGUUUGGAUAAUUAUAUAUUGUUGAUUCGACAUGUGUAAAGACACGCGCGUACACACUAGAAGAUGAAAUAUCAAUCGAGUGCCAUACGAAAUGACGUGUAACGAUAAAACAAGCCGUAGCCAUGAUUUUGGUCUCUUUCCUCGUGAAUCACUCACAAGUAACGUAGUGAAAUAUCUCUCGUUUGCUCAACAUGGAACUAUGGAACUUCAAUGAAAACAGCGAAAAACUCAAAUUGCACAAUAUAUUUCUAUGUUUGUGUAUAUAUUUGUGUGUCUGCCGAUGCGUGUAUGUAUGCAAAAUAUUAUCGCAGUAAGAAAUUGUCGUACGAAAUAUUGCAAUGUGUUGUACUACGAAAAUUGAUGAUGUCUCUCGUUUUGCUCUACUUAACAAAACUUGGCGGCUUUGUAAACGAUAAGCAUUAUUUUUCCGCUUGAUGGAAGAUCGCCAAAACACGGUAGACGCGUUUACCUACUCCUCGAAACUCUACGUAUUUGUUCUUUGAUAUAAAUAGGUGAUUUUGCUAGCGAAGAUUAAAAGGAAAAGCGAAUAAAACAACAUACCAAAAA